AUGACCCGUUUGCGCAAACAUAAGCGCCGGCCCUCUAAUGUCAACCACUUUUCCGACUCCGAAGCCGUGGCGAUGGAUCAGAUGAGCGACGCCGACAGUGUGACCGGUAGUGGCGGCGGUGGCCGUCGUUAUAAUCCCAUACCAAGCCUUAUACGACACGCCUCGUCGGCCCGCGACAGUGUCUCGGAGGACAGACAGGACACCAUUAAUAUCUUGCAGUCACUGGUGGGCACUUCCAGCGCCAACUCGGCUAAGAAUCGGCGCAUGAGUUUAGAUGAGUUCAUACAAAACAACCGACGCCUCAAAAUACAUAAACUAAUGCAACAGACCAUAGAUCAGAGCGCUUCGGACGUCUCCCUAUCCGACGGUGAGUCCAGUUUCAUGUCGGCGAAGAGUCCCUCGUCAUCGCCCGGCCGACGAUCGCCGGUCAAUCUCUUGCGACAGUUUAGCGCCAUUUCGGAGGCCUCUCAGGAGGACCAGUGCUCCCGUGUGGUCUCGAGGAAUAAUACACUGCCCGGCGAUUCGUCGUCCGAUAGCAUCAGUCUAUUGCAUAACUCGCCGAUUAUGAAACAGGAGAGCGAAACCGAUGUAUUGCUCAACGAUAUACUCACUAUACAGGAGUCGUCGUCCAGACCACUGACCGCCUGCAGCGGUGGUCAUCACCACCACUACGGGUGCGAUAGGGAUAGUCCGCAGCCGUCAUCGUCCGGAUAUAUGAGACAAGAUAAGCUGAUGUCGUCGACCACAUCGUCGACCAGUAGUGGCGCCUCCACUCCCAACCACUUCUAUCCGCCCUCAAUAACAGUGACCAACGCCUCUAUUGAGCACUACUGCGAGUACGACAGCGACUACCGGUCCGGCGGCGGACUCAGCCAUCGGUCGUACGGCGGCAGCGGUGUUGUGGCCGCGUGUGAGCUCACGGUUCCCGCGCAGACCAUACGCCGACUGUCGGAGCCGUCGCCCAAUCCGAUCGCCGGCGGAGCCGCCGAUCCCAGCAAACGGUCGGUGAGUCCGGGCUCUCAGUCCUGUUGUUCACCGAUGAUGACCAAGAAGUCGACGGGAGAUCCGAUGGCCAAAGGGCGCAAAUUUUCUCUAGAAAUGGUGCCCAGAAUACUGAUCAAUACGGCCGGAGUGCCCGGCGAUCCCAACACAACACCCAAUCCCUGUAAAAAGGCUAUGCAUUACUUAAAUCCUAUGGCAAUCACCGGUUCCAGCGAUCGGACAAUAUCCGAGUCAAAUUUGAGCACAUCCGGCUACUCCUCCCUCUCCAGUCCCGGCAUUUCCAGAUGCAACUCUUCGAGUCCGUUCCCCGAAGAGAUCGGUGGUGUGAACGCAGAAUUGACUACAAUUGUCAUCCCAGAUGUACCACAACUCGAGUUCAGUAACAACAAUAACCUCAAACACCACUAUCACAGCCAUCAAUACCAGCAGCACAUCCACGACGAGGCCAGCCAUCAGUCGGCCACCAAUUACGGCAACUUUCUGUCGAUACCUGUCUUCACGUUUCCCUCAAAGGACGCGUCCAGAGGACGACAUUCCAGGUCUAAGUCGCCGAGUCGUGGCUGUCCUCCAGCGGCGCCCACUCUUUGUCCGCAAAUCACAAUAUCUGCCGCCGAGUCUGUGGAGCGACUGAUGGACGACAAGUAUAUGUCAUCGCAAGUGGAGGACGAGGGCAUUGAAUGCGAACAGGACUUCAUUGCAAGGGAAUCGAAAGAAUCGCUUAAAGACUGCAAACGGGGUGACAGUUACGCCUCGUUUGAGAUGCACUCCCGGCCCGAAUCACUGAGCGGUUCCCGACAGGAGCUGCGGUCCGCAGUCGAGGGACACAAGAAGUUGCGCCGAAAUCGGUUGAUCUCAUCGCCCACUCACUCACUCGAGGACUUCAAUAUGGAACCGAUCCGACGGUCGGGCGAUAGCCUACGGGCGCCCAAAAUACGGCGAAACCCUUCGUGGCCGGCGGUCAUGAUCUCACCGAACUCGAGCUCUUCGUCCGAAUACGAGGCGUCCAAACGGGACCAGUCGUGGUCGCUAUCGGCCAAGAAGUUGUCAUCAUCGCCGGUACAGCAGCACAAGUCGUCCGCCUAUUUGACUCCCAAAGUGAAAAAACUGCACAAACGGCGGCUCAAGUCGUCGUCUAAACGACCGCAACUCGAGUCCAGUCUAUCUGUGAAUAGCUGUCCCAUUAGUAGCGAUAAUAGGCUGUCGGCGCGGGUUUCGUGGUUUCAAUCGUCGCGCUCGUCGUCUACGGAGUCGUUCCUGUCGUCCGCACCCGACGACGAUAACACCAUUAUCUCCCAAAUCCGGUGCCGUAAACACCAUUCGUCGCAAUCUCUGUGCGACCGCUCUGUCUGUGAUAUAUUUAACGCCGCGGCCAAUGAUUAUGACUUCACCGGCGCUAGAAGUGGAGGUAGUGGUGGUGUCGGUAGCGGCCAAUCGUCCCCAUAUUUACGCCCAAAACAGGCCAUCGCUUCCAUAUCGGACACGGCGUUGGAUAAGCGCGUCAACGAUCCCAUCAAUUGUUUUGAAAAGCAAUCGUCAAAACCGGUCAGCAAUUCAUUGGACGCGUCGUCGGCGUCGAGAAAGCGCUCCAAACGUACGAUACAUAAGCAAAAGGCUAUGCAAGAGGACGACCACAUGUAA